UUUUUUUUUUUUUUUAUACCGAAAGAGCAAUGGUUACUGUCAUUUAAGAAAAAAAAGAAAGGAAAUUGUACAGAAUAUCCGUUGUGUAGUGUGCAUUUUCUCAGUCUGAAUUGAACUACUUGAGCUAUUUGCUUAGGAUGUCUCGCCGCAAGCAAGCUAAACCAAGAUCUUUGAAAGUAGAAGAGAAUGAGACGGAGGACCAGCGUUAUACUGUGGGGCAGACAGCCACUCCAAGCGAUCCAGAUUGUAAACUAGGAAAGAAAGCGGAGGAUGGCGAAGAAGGUGAUUUAACGAAGAGGCUUAUUUCUCUGGAGGAGGGGGAGGAGAUAGAGGAGGAAGCUCUGCACAGCUGUGACAGCUGCCUCCAGGUGUUUGAGUCACUGAGCGAUCUCACUGAACACAAGAUUAAUCAAUGCCAGCUGACAGACGGUGCUGAUAUUGAGGAUGAUCCUUCCUACUCUUGGCCAGCUUCCUCACCUUCUAGUAAGGACCAGACGUCACCAGGCCACGGGGACAGUUAUGACUUUGGAGAAGAUGAAGGUGGGACUGGGCUGCCCUACCCUUGCCAGUUCUGCGAUAAGUCUUUCAGUCGCCUCAGCUUCCUAAAGCACCACGAGCAAAGCCACAGUGAUAAGCUGCCCUUCAAGUGCACCUACUGCAGCCGGCUUUUCAAACAUAAACGCAGCCGUGACCGGCACAUAAAACUCCACACCGGAGACAAGAAAUACCAUUGCAGUCAGUGCGACGCUGCCUUCUCUCGCAGCGACCACCUUAAGAUCCAUCUGAAGACCCACACCUCCAACAAGCCAUAUAAAUGUGCAAUUUGCCGCCGCGGCUUUCUCUCUUCAAGCUCGCUGCAUGGCCACAUGCAAGUUCAUGAACGGAACAAAGAUGGCUCUCAGACUCAUUCCAGGAUGGAAGAGUGGAAACUAAAAGAGACCCAAAAGUGCAGCCAGUGUGAAGAGGGAUUUGAUGUCCCAGAAGAGUUACAGAAACAUAUUGCUGAGUGCCACCCAGAGUGUUCCCCACCUCUGGAAAGAGCUGCCCUUCAGUGCAUUUACUGCCAUGAACUGUUUGCAGAGGAGAGCACUCUCUUGAGCCACAUUGACCAAGUACACAACAGAGAGAAGAAGGGUCACACCUGCACCAUCUGCUCUGAGCAUUUCCAAUUAGUGGAGGAUCUUUAUAGCCACAUGGACAUUCACCAGCAGCCAGAAUCUAGUAACCAUAGCAACAGUCCAUCCUUGUUGACGGUUGGCUACACCUCGGUAUCUAGUACCACUCCAGAUUCAAAUCUCUCUGUGGACAGCUCCACUAUGGUAGAAGUAGGCCCACCUUUGCCAAAAUCCCGCGGAAGGAAAAGGGCUGCACAGCAAGGGGCUGAAAUGUCUGCCCUGUCCUCUAAACAAGCAAAAAUCACCUUCAGCUGCAUAUACUGUAACAAACAAGUAUUCUCUAGUCUUGCUGUCCUGCAGAUACACCUUAAGACUAUGCACCUGGAUAAACCAGAACAGGCCCAUACAUGUCAGUAUUGUUUGGAGGUCCUUCCUUCACUCUACAACCUGAAUGAGCACCUGAAACAGGUCCAUGAAAACCAAGAUCAUACCCCUUUGCUUAGCUCUAUGCCCUCUACGGUCUUGCAAUGCAACUUUUGCCCCGAUGCACUCAGCGACCUCAAUGCUCUGCAGGAACACAUUCGCUGCUCCCAUGGCUUUGCCAGUCCUGUUGCCAAAGAGAGCAAUGCCUUCUUCUGCCCUCAGUGCUUCUUGGGGUUCCUUACCGAGACCACCUUGGAAGAACACAUCCGGCAGACCCAUUGCGAUGGGGGAAAUGCACGGUUUGAUUCACCCUUGGCUGGAACCCCCAAAGAUCCCAUUGUUGAGGUGUAUUCUUGUUCUUACUGUACCAACUCUCCCAUCUUCAACAGCAUCCUGAAGCUAAACAAACAUAUUAAGGAGAACCACAAAAAUAUCCCUCUAGCCCUGAACUACAUUAAUAAUGGAAAGAAGUCCAGCCGAGCCCUGAGCCCAUCAUCUCCUGUAGCUAUGGAGCAAGCUUCCCUUAAGAUUGCACAGUCAGUUAGUGGUGUUAUAUCCCGCUCAUCCAGUGAGUUUAUUUGCAAUCAGUGUGGUGCCAGGUAUUCCUCCCUAGAUAUGUUCCAGACCCAUCUCAAAACUCACCGGGAAAACCAGGUUCUGCCAAAACUGACCUGUCCUCAAUGCAACAAAGAGUUCCCCAACCAGGAAUCCUUGCUGAAGCAUGUGACCAUCCACUUCAUGAUCACUUCCACCUACUACAUCUGCGAAAGCUGUGACAAGCAGUUCACCUCGGUGGAUGACCUUCAGAAGCACCUGCUAGACAUGCAUACAUUUGUGUUCUUCCGCUGCACGUUGUGCCAAGAAGUCUUUGAUUCCAAGGUCUCCAUUCAGCUCCACCUAGCUGUGAAGCACAGCAAUGAGAAGAAAGUGUACCGCUGCACCUCAUGCAACUGGGACUUCCGCCAUGAGUCGGACCUGCAGUUGCACGUCAAGCACAACCAUCUGGAAAACCAGGGCAAGGUACACAAGUGUAUCUUCUGUGGGGAGUCCUUUGGCACAGAGGUAGAGCUGCAGUGUCAUAUCACCACCCACAGCAAGAAGUACAACUGCAAGUUCUGCAGCAAGGCCUUCCACGCCAUCAUCCUUCUAGAGAAACACCUACGAGAGAAGCACUGUGUCUUCGAGGCCAAGCCUCAGAACUGUAGCACCAACGGCUCAGCUGCUGUUACUGAGCAGGUCCCAAAAGAUGAAGUAGAACUGCAGAGCCUUAUGGCCAACAGCCACGAGUCUCACAACAGCCAUGAUGGCAGUGAGGAGGAAGUUGACGCUUCUGAACCUAUGUAUGGCUGUGAUAUCUGCGGUGCAGCCUACACCAUGGAUUCUCUGCUCCAGAACCACCAGCUGCGUGAUCACAACAUCAGGCCUGGGGAGAGUGCCAUUGUCAAGAGGAAGGCUGAGCUGAUCAAAGGCAAUUACAAGUGCAAUGUCUGCUCCAGAACCUUCUUCUCUGAAGGUGGACUCCGGGAGCACAUGCAAACCCACCUGGGGCCUGUCAAGCACUAUAUGUGCCCAAUCUGUGGUGAGCGUUUCCCUUCUCUUCUUACUCUUACAGAGCACAAGGUCACGCACAGCAAGAGUCUGGAUACGGGCAACUGCCGCAUCUGCAAGAUGCCCCUGCAGUGUGAGGAGGAUUUCCUUGAGCAUUGCCAGAUGCACCCAGAUCUGAGGAACUCACUGACAGGCUUCCGAUGUGUGGUGUGCAUGCAGACCGUCACGUCCACUUUAGAGCUGAAGAUUCAUGGCACCUUCCACAUGCAAAAGACAGGCACCAUGUCAAGCAACCAUCCGGUAGGGCGUGUUCAUCACCUCCAGAAACUUUAUAAGUGCGCUUCCUGUCUUAAGGAGUUCCGUUCCAAGCUGGAACUGGUCAAGCUGGAUAUAAACGGGCUCCCCUAUGGGCUCUGUGCUUCCUGUGUCAGUGGCAGGAAGAGUGCCAGCCCGGCGGUAAAUGGAGGCAAACAGCAAGUAACAGUGGCGGGAAGCCAUGGAGAAACACUCGGUCCCAGUGAGAGCAAAAGCAAGGCUUCUUCCGCCAAGACAAGGUGUUCCAGCUGCAACGUGAAGUUUGAAUCUGAAGCCGAGCUCCAGAACCACAUCCUGUCCGUCCACAGAGACCUGGUUCCCGAUGGCAACAGUGGUCAGCUGAAAACCCCACAAUUGUCCCCAAUGCCCAGGGUCAGCCCCUCACAGGCUGAAGAGAAGAAGACGUACCAGUGCAUAAAGUGUCAGAUGAUUUUCUACAGCGAGUGGGACAUUCAGGUUCAUGUCGCCAAUCAUAUGCUUGAGGAAGGCUUGAACCACGAGUGUAAACUCUGCAACCAGACCUUUGACUCACCAGCCAAACUGCAGUGCCAUCUAAUAGAACACAGCUUUGAAGGCAUGGGGGGCACCUUCAAAUGCCCUGUCUGCUUCACAGUUUUUGUUCAGGCCAGCAAGUUGCAGCACCACAUCUUUUCCGCUCACGGUCAAGAGGACAAAAUCUACGACUGCUCACAGUGCCCCCAGAAGUUCUUCUUCCAGACAGAGCUACAGAACCAUUCAAUGAGUCAGCACAGCAGUUAGUGUGGAAGACGUCAUCUGCUCUGUGCAAAGAUGCGUGGGGGGAAAAAAAAAGCUUGGAUCACUUACUGUUACUUUUUGCACGGAACUAUCAUUGCAAAUGUAUAUGCUAACGGAAACAUUGUAUUGUAAGAAAAAAAAGCCCUGUAUUAUCUAAAAAAAGAAUACAUUGGACGUUUGUGUAUUUGAAUUUUUAAGCACCAGGCUGACUUAAUGUAAAUACAGUGUUUCAUAUGUGUUGUUACUACUCCAGCUGCCAGACACUAAAUGAUCUCAUAGUACCCAGGAUUCCUAUUCCAAAGAAUUGCAUCACAAACAAAAGGAAGGGGAUCUGCAUGUUCAGGAAGGUUGUUUCAACAAACCUGUAUAAGGACUGUCAGUGGCGUUGAAAAGAAGACUGCCAGGAUCGCUAUACAAAGCAUACAGCAGUUGGGUAUCACACUGACCAUAUUUGCUAUUGUUUCAAUACAUGAUGUUUUAAUGUUUUCCACAUAUAACUUAAAGAAGAGCUGCUGCAGACUGUUGUCAAGCAUAGAGCUCAUUGUAAUUGAAGAGUGACCCGAUCUGAAUGGUUUGGUCUAACUGUGUGCAGAGUAAUGGAUGGCACUCCCAUGUAUGCAGUAGUUGUAAGAUAGAUUGGAAAUGCAGCUUUUCUUCUUGAAACUGUCAGAAGCUUAAGCCUUCUGUAAAAUUUUCAGCACAGCCAAAUCUCAAGUCAAUUAAACUAACCUGUAUGCUACUGUUAUUAAUGUUUACUCUGCAGCCUGAACCUGGAGAUUACUGGAAUUGUUUUUGCAAUCGGAAAUAAAUCCAAUUUACCUUUA